GAUCAAAGGAACAGCCUGCUCGUGAAAUUAACGUGCAAGUGACUGAGCACUCCACAGACACGUGUACCCCUAACGUAGUUCUCCGGGAGAUUCAGCGUGACAAGGCUGACCCCUUUGAAAUACAGGUAUAACUCGUUUUUGCCAGCUGAGUGAACUGGAGCAACGUGAAGUAAAGUGUCUUGCUCAAGGACACAAUGCGUCGCUGAGAAUUGAACUCAUGACCUUAAAAUCGCGAGCCGAAUGCCCUAACCACUACGCCACUCGCCUUCACAACAUAAUACAUUCACCAAUAUAACAUCAUCAUCAUCGUCGUCAUAGUACAAUAGCUAUUAUUAUCAACAACACAAUUUUAAUGGUGAGGCGAUUAUCAAAAUAACACAAUUGUCUCUGUAACUAACAUCUUUUUCAACAUAACAUCAUUGAUUCUUCAUAAUGUUCUUGUCAUCAUUAUUACGAUAACACAAUUAAUUAUCAACAUGAAUACGCACUUAUUAGCAUAAUUGUUAGGUUAACAGAAUUGUUAAGUAACACCAUUGUCAAUAUAAAACUCGUCAACGUUGUAUUAUCCCAUAACACAACUGUCGUUUGACUACAGCCUCUAUAAUAAUAAUAAUAAUAAUAAUAAUAAUGCUAUCUGCACGACCCCAUUGUCGAUAUAAUAUGAUCGCGCCCUCCGCCCCCGGCAACAAGAACACCUUCAAAAUGCAAAUGUUAUGACAAGAAUCUCUCUAAAAGCAACAGCUGAACGACGACAACAACAACAACAACAAUCUAUCGAAUUUCGUUAUUUAAAAUUAAAUAAUUUGUUAUUUUUUAAAGUAAAUAUUUAAUUUUCCUAAUUUUCCUGCUUGUGACUGUUCACACGUCUUCCCUUUGCAAAGUCGACAUUUCUCAUUUGUAAGAUCUUCCCGUAUUUUCGGUUGAAUCGCAGCCUCUACUCCCAACCCCAAGGCUUCACUAAAAAUUAAAAGAAGACUUGAUUGGAACGGGAGAGAUAAUAAAUUGAAGAAACGCUAAUGCAAAGGAUAGAAUUAUAGCGAAUCCGGAGACCAAGUCUUCGAUGUCAGAGUUAAUAAUUUGAAUGCUUAAACAGUUGAUGUCGGGAGAAAAUGAAAACGACAAACAAAAACUGGGGGGAAAACAAAAACAGGAAAAAACAGCAAUUUGCGUCUGGCCCUGACAUUGUCCGAAUCUGAAUCCUUAGACUAAUAUAUGGCAGAAUAUAAGAAUAGCGCUAAUUCACACAAUAACCUAUAAACGAUCAAUUGAAUUCCAAUAAAUCGGAUUGAUGGUGAUGACGAUAUUGCAGAGAAUUACGACGAAGCAUUUAUCCUGUCCGUCUGUUGUUUUAUCCACCCGUCUAAAAAUAGCUUUUUGGUUUCGUUCAAUAUGCUAAGAGCAUCGAUGAUUCUGGAAACACAAAACGAAAGUCAGCUGCAACAACAACAACAACGGCAAAUAUAACGAUAACAACUUGUACAACAACAACAACAAAACCAAUUUAAUUGAAGAAUAGCCAUUGUUAAUUGCAUUAGUGUUGUUAUACAGACACACACACACAUACACAUACACACACAUACUCUCGCACAUAUAUAUGUAUGUGUGUGUGUGUGUAUACAUAUGCAUAUAUACAUUCAUACACACAUACACAUAACACGUAUAUAUUCUUUUACUGCUUUCAGCGAUUGGACUGCGGCCAUACUGGGGCAGCGCAGCCUUUAUGGGUUUUAGUCGGGAACUAAUUUUAUCGUUCUCCGUGAAUCAAACUGCUAAGUUUACCGUUUCGCAUUUUAGCACGAAGACAUUCAAUUCAUAAACACCGCAAAAUAUUUUCAUUUACCGACUUUACAUCGAUAUACCCACACAUACACACAAUAUACAUACAUAUACACAGACACGCAUACACACAUAUAUGUAAUCCUCACACGUAAUUCGUGAUAUCUCACGUAUUAACGAUCAAGGGUACACAUCCACCUACAUCAAACCACGACAACAGACGAAGACAAGUGGAAAUUCGUAGCACAAAACCCAACGUCCGAAUAAAAACUGAGUGAAGCCUCAUCAGUUCCGAGCAACGAUUAUUUGGAAACCAGGCUGAAAUUAAGAAAUCGAACGGAACAAAAUACGGAGACCUGAACGAGGAUAAUAAUGUCAGUUGACGACUCACGUAGAAGUUACGAUACAAUGAAGCGAAAUCGAAGUGUGGUGACGAUGGUGGAAGCCGAUUCCAACCAAGAAAGACUUCAAAGCAAUCAGAAAAAGUCGAAGAAAGGAAAGAAACUUGAAAGAGGAGAAAAAGGUAGAAACAGAGGAGAAAGAAGACGACGAGGACGAAAUGAAAGAGAAGAAUAUUAUGAAGAAGAGGAAGGAGGGGAAUAUGAAGUCGAAUAUAUUGAAGAAAACGAAGAGAAACAUGAAGAAGAAGAAAGAGCUGUGAAGUCAAGAUUAGAGGAAUCAAGAUCUCGUCCGACAUUCCAUAGUCCACCACGUUCGACAAAAAUGAAAGAAGUCAAGCAGUCGUCCAUUUCUUCUUCUUCUUCUUCUUCUUCUUCUUCUUCUUCUUCUUCUUCUUCUUCUUCUUCUUCUUCUUCUUCUUCAAGGACGGCAGAAAGUUCGGAGGAAUAUGGCGACGACGGCAUCCACGACCUUCGGCUGAAGAUCAACAGUCGAGAAAGACGACGAAUGCACGAUUUGAACGCGGCUCUUGACGGUCUCCGAGAAGUCAUGCCUUACGCUCACGGACCGUCCGUACGCAAGUUGUCCAAGAUCGCCACACUACUUUUGGCCAAAAACUAUAUCCUUCUGCUGAACAGUUCCCUGGACGAAAUGAGAAAAAUUGUCAAUAGUUUAUAUCAGACGAGAACCAUUGGAAAGAAUGGCGCUGUGAGCAGAACCACUGAUAUUACUACCACCAACACCAGCAUUGCCGACCAUUUACCGUCCAAAUCACCGUUCAUUGCUGGUCAGCCAUUGCCUGAGGCUGUGAAUUCUCUGACAGUUACAAACUCUUCCACUUUGCUCUCUUUGAAUACAGCUGUUGUUCCUGCAGUUUCAACAGCAUCGUUUUUAUCGAAUGGUUCUUUGAAUCCCCAGUCUACUGUUUCGCCACCACCACCGUCGUCGUCAGCAGUGUCUUCCACGUCACCUGCGUCUCCUACUCCUCCUGUUUCUACUUCAUCCCUUCCUUCUACCCCUCAAUCUUUAUCUUCGACUUUACUCAGACAAGAACAGAAGAUCGGAGACAAAACAAAGUCACCUGCUCCUCCCGCCCCGAUUAAACGAAUGGUUCCUCCUCCUCUUUUACCUCCCCCUUCUCUUCCUCCUCCCUCUUCUCUCUAUCCUCCUCCUCCUCAUCAUCAUCAACAUCAGAAUUUACACAAUCUUACUUCGCUUCAUGAUCCUCCUCCUCCUCAUUAUGAUGGAUAUGAUAAUGAUCACCACCACCGCCGUCAUCAUCAUCAUCAGCAGCAGCAACAGCAACAACAACAGCAAUCUACGGGCUGCACUCAGUCCAUUCCCAGCGUCCACGUUGCAGCCACUCAGCGACAAUGGCGGCGACGACACCAACACCAACAACAACAGCAACACCAUUGCGCGCACUUUGUGGAAGAACAGCGUCGACAGGUGUCGCCCUCGCCCGACAGCAGCACAACUAGCAUUACAACAAACACCACAGCCACCGCCGUUACCAAGACAACUACUGCACCACCACCACCACCACCACAGUUCUGUCUGACUCGGGAGACUUUGCCCAGGCUGUCGUCACCUGUUCUAACUCUGCAGAAUGCGAGCGAAGCGACGCCAUCGAACCUUUCCUUUCUUCCGUCUGCAAAGGAAUUCUCUCUGCCUGGAAGAUUAGAGCAGAACUCCCUUCACCCACAGCAUACUGCUGCCCUCUUUAACCGAUUAACUUGGCCAUACACACCAUGUUCCCAUCCUCAAUGUGUUGUGGAGAUGCUCAGGUCACCAUUUUCAAUGUGUGCACCCAGCUAUACUACACCCCCGGCUCUUUUAUCCACCAGUGUGCCAAGAAAACAAUGAACAUACACACACGCACACACACACACGCACACACACACACACACACACACACACACACACACACACACAGGCAUACACACGACUACCUUGUUUGAUGAUGUCUAAAUACCAACAAGUCUUGUUUCUUUGCAAAAAGCCAAUUCAUUCUUCAUUAGUGAGAAAUUCUAAAAAUAUUUUUUAAAACUCAAAUAAACCGGAUGCAUGCACACGCACUACUCCACACCACACACGCAUGCAAACACAUACGCACACAUGAGUAACAAAAAAUUUAUAACAUGGUAUUAAAAUUCGGAGUAAACUGUUAUCAGAAUAUGAUAAACACUUUUACAUUUAUUCAUUUUCUUUUUAUUCGUCUUCCAAGCUUCUCCAACUUCACUGUUUCAUUUGCCUGACAAUAAACAUCGAAACUAAAUCCUACACGUGAAUUAUGUCCAGUUUUUCUUUUUAUAAUUCUCUUUCUAUAAACCCCUAACAGACCCUUUAUGUCUAUAUACGUCUCACUUUGUCUCACCACAAUUAUUUCUGGUUAAUAUUUCAA